AAUUACUUUAACAAUUUUAAAUUGCACAAUUCUUUUGCCAGUUUAAAAAGAGCAAAGAAUUAAUCAAAAAGACACACCCUGCAAUAUUAAUUCCAUUUGGUUCCUUUUUCCAGAUCUGUACAGCAGAUAUCUGUAUCGCUUCUUUUAAUCCCCAAAUCCCCAAUUGUACUAAUUUUGUACAAAUAACUUUCUUUCCUUCACCACUACUUCAGAGGCAUGCUAGGACAUUAGGACCAUGACCCCUCUUGUUUUAGAUAAAUAAUCAUGUUUAUAGUUCCACAAACAAAUUUAGAUAAUGUCUUGGAUCCAUGGUAGUCAGAGGGAAGAUGGGGUGAAAUGUUGAUCUUGGUCGGAGGAGACUAUUCUGCAGAAGAGACUGACUUUUAAACUAGCCUUUAGGAAGUCUGACUCUGACCCCUGAUUGAAGGAAGAAAUUCUGUCUCCUGAAAUCAGGGCAAUCCUGAGUGAUCUCACCCCUCCCCCAUCCCUGCUGUUCUUUGGGGAUUAGCAGAUUGGAGUGGAGGAUUAAGAGGUUUUCGUCAUCACUGAGCUUCGCUCACUGACCCCUGCUAUUUCCCUCCCCUACACACUACUGUUUGCUAGCUAGUGCCAAAUGAAGGCAGGAGCAUCUUUACUCUCUCUAAACUGUUCUGUCCUAUGAUUAACUACUGUGAGCUUUAUUGAUCUGGAUCACAUUUGAGAAAGUCCGAGACCUUUAGAAAUUGCCAAGUAGAGAAGGUGGGUCUUGUACACUUAGCAAACAAGAGCAGAAAAAAGGAUACUAGAAUGUGGACCUAGAUAGAUGGGUCCCACUGUUCUCCAUUCCUGUCACCUUGGCAGGAGCACUAUGCCUGGGAUCUUGAAUUUUUAUCCAAACGAUGAUUCAUCCAGAAUUCAUUCCCCUUUGGCGCUGAUGACCAGGACCUUCUUGCAGAAGAGGGUAGUUUUUCUUUAUUUGCUCAUCAGUCUUUUUCUGCCUUUCACGCAGAGCCAAAAGAAGAUACCACUGGAAACGGUGAAGCUCUGGGCAGAUACAUUUGGCGGGGACCUCUAUGCCUUGGUGACAAAAUACUCUGGAUCACUCCUGCUAAAGAAGAAGUACAAAGAUGUGGAAUCCAGUCUGAAGAUUAAGGAGGUGGAUGGCUUGGAGCUUGUGAAGAAGUUCUCUGAGGAGAUGGAAAGCAUGUUGCGAAGGAAAGUAGAGGCUGUGAAGAGACUUGUAGAAGCAGCCGAGGAAGCUGACCUCAACCAUGAAUACAACGCUUCCCUGGUGUUUAAUUAUUACAACUCAGUCCUCAUCAAUGAGAAAGAUGAGAAUGGCAAUUAUGUAGAACUUGGGGAUGAAUUUAUUCUGGAUCUCAAUGAACACUUCAACAACCUGUGGGUGAAUACAUCUAUCAGUAAUGUGCAGCUGCCCACCAAUGUCUACAACAAAGAUCCAAGUAUUUUGAAUGGAGUCUACAUGUCAGAAGCCUUAAACCCUAUUUUCGUGGAGAAUUUCCAAAGAGAUCCAACACUGACUUGGCAGUAUUUUGGCAGUUCAACUGGAUUCUUCAGGCUCUAUCCAGGAAUAAAGUGGACCCCUGAUGAAAGCGGAGUCAUUACCUUUGAUUGCCGGAACCGAGGAUGGUACAUUCAAGCUGCCACUUCUCCCAAGGAUAUUGUGAUUCUGGUGGAUGUGAGUGGUAGCAUGAAAGGGCUGCAGAUUGCCAUCGCCAAGCAUACCAUCUCUACUAUCUUGGACACCCUAGGGGAGAAUGACUUUGUCAACAUCAUUGCGUACAAUGAUUAUGUUCAUUAUGUGGAACCUUGUUUUAAAGGGACCCUCGUCCAGGCUGACAGAGACAAUCGAGAGCAUUUCAAGCAGCUUGUGGGAGAGCUGAUGGUCAAGGGUGUGGGGAUUGUGGACAAGGCCCUGAGUGAAGCCUUCAGGAUCCUGAUGCAGUUCCGAGAAAAUGGACAAGGAGGCCUUUGUAACCAAGCCAUCAUGCUGAUCACUGAUGGAGCAGUGGAGGACUAUGAGACGAUAUUUGAGAAGUAUAACUGGCCCGAUCGAAGGGUUCGAGUUUUUACUUACCUCAUUGGGAGAGAAGUCACAUUUGCUGACAAGAUGAAGUGGAUUGCAUGCAACAACAAAGGCUACUACACACAGAUCUCCACCCUAGCAGACGUCCAGGAGAAUGUGAUGGAGUACCUGCAUGUGCUCAGUCGCCCCAUGGUCAUUAAUCAUGACCAUGACAUCAUCUGGACUGAAGCGUACAUGGACACCACGCAAUUUGCAUUGCAGCCCCAGAGCCUCUUGCUUAUGACCACAGUGGCUAUGCCGGUGUUCAGCAAAAAGAACGAGACCAGAUCUCAUGGCAUUCUUCUGGGUGUGGUGGGCUCUGAUGUGCCUCUUAGAGAGCUGCUGAAGCUGGCUCCCCGAUAUAAGCUGGGAGUACAUGGUUAUGCCUUUCUGAACACUAACAAUGGCUACAUCCUUUCCCAUCCUGACCUCCGACCCUUGUACAAAGAUGGAAAGAAAUGGAAACCCAAACCCAACUACAACAGUGUGGACCUCUCCGAAGUGGAAUGGGAAGACCAAGAUGAAAUUCUGAGAACAGCCAUGAUCAAUGGGGAAACCGGAUCUCUCACAAUGGAUGUAAAAGUUCCUGUGGACAAAGGGAAACGGGUCCUCUUCCUCACCAAUGACUAUUUCUUUACAGACAUCAGUGACACACCUUUCAGUCUAGGAAUGGUGCUGUCCAGAGGCCAUGGGGAGUACAUCCUCCUGGGAAAUACUUCAGUGGAGGAAGGACUGCAUGACUUAUUACAACCAGAUUUGACUCUGGCCAAUGAGUGGAUUUACUGCAUCACAGAUAUUGAUCCAGCUCAUCGGAAACUCAGCCAGAUGGAUGCUAUGGUCCAGUAUCUGACUAACAAAGAGCCUGACCUGGAAUGUGAUGAGGAACUGGUGCAAGAGGUCCUGUUUGAUGCUGUGGUGACUGCUCCAAUGGAAGCCUACUGGACAGCUUUGGCCCUUAACAUAUCUGACAAAUCUGAUGAUGUGGUAGACAUGGCCUUCCUGGGCACUCGAGCCGGCCUCAUGAGAAGCAGCUUAUUUGUGAGCCCUGAAAAAGUAUCUAACAGGAAAUUCCUGACCCUAGAAGACAAAUCAAGCAUCUUCACCAUGGACCACUUUCCCCUUUGGUACCGGCAGGCUGCUGAGCAACCAGAAGAUUCCUUUGUCUUCAGAGUCCCUUUUGGAGGGGAAGCAGGAUCCGUGACAGUGAGCACAGCUGUGGCUGUGACUGUGGACAAGAAAACAGCCAUUGCUGCAGGUAGGAGCUGCCUUCAUGAGGUCUAGAAGGGCAAGAGCUAAGCUCAACAAAGUGAGGGAGAAGGGGAGAGAGGCUUGGUAUACAAGGGAGCUGGAAAAAGUCCACUGGGUCUAUUUUCUGACUGCGGUUUCUAAUGUGAGAAAAGUCACCAGGCUCCUUAAUGCAAGGGACUGAAAUUUCCAUAUGGUACUUGAUGGUAUUUCCUGAAAAUUCUUCUCCUAAUCUCCUGCUCCAUCCAGUCUUAGACUUGGGUCAGGAGAAUACUAUGGAGAUCUCUGCAGAAUUCUGUUAGAGCAUGGUAUUAAAAACCAGGAUACUGGGACUCGAUUCCCAACUCCUUGCCUGACAACCUGGCUGCAAAUCAUUUUUCUUCCUCCUUUUUUAGUUAUCUAAUGAAAGGCUCUUUGAGACAGGGGGAAAAUAAAUAAAUAAAAAAGCAUUUAUUAAGCACUUAACAUUUUCUAUUGUGGCGCAGUUAGAUGAAGCUACAAUGGAUAGAGUGCUGGGCCCAAAGUCAGACUCAACUUCUGGAGUCCAAAUUCAGCCUCAGAUACUUACUAGCUGUGUGACCCUUAAGCAAGUCAC